CGCCCCCGGAGGCGGCCGGUAGCGGCGGGAGGUGCCGGCCCGCCCCGCGCCGCCGGGCCGGGGCAGCGCCGCGCCGGGCAUGGUGUGCGGGCGGCGGGGCUGCGCCGCCGGCCCCCCCGCGCCAUGGAGCUGGAGAACAUCGUGGCCAACACCGUCCUGCUGAAGGCCCGCGAAGGAGGUGGUGGCAAGCGGAAAGGCAGGAGCAAGAAGUGGAGGGAGAUCCUCCGGUUCCCGCAUGUCAGCCAGUGCGAUGAGCUGCGGAAGGGCCUGGAGCGGGACUACAGCAGCCUGUGCCAGAAGCAGCCCAUCGGCCGGCUGCUCUUCCGGCAGUUCUGCGAGACGCGGCCGGAGCUCCUGCGCUGCAUCCGCUUCCUGGACGCUGUGGCGGACUACGAGCUCUCCCCGGAUGAGAAGCGGAAGGAGAUGGGGGAGGAGAUCAUCUGCCAGUUCCUCAAGCAGGAGUCCCCAGAUUUCCUGCCCGAGGUCGGCCAGCCCCACGCCAGCCAGUGCCUGCAGGACCUGCAGAAGAGCCCCUACAAGGACCUCUUCAGCAGCUGCCUGCGCACCCUGCACGAGCACCUGAGCGGGGACCCCUUCACCGACUACUGUGACAGCAUGUAUUUUGACCGGUUCCUGCAGUGGAAGUACCUGGAGAGGCAGUCGGUCACCAAGGACACGUUUCGGCAGUACCGGAUCCUGGGCAAGGGCGGUUUUGGAGAGGUGUGUGCCUGCCAGGUGCGGGCCACGGGGAAGAUGUACGCCUGCAAAAAGUUGGAGAAGAAGCGGAUCAAGAAGCGGAAAGGGGAGGCGAUGGCCCUGAACGAGAAGCAGAUCCUGGAGAAGGUCAACAGCCGGUUCGUGGUGAGCCUGGCCUAUGCCUACGAGACGAAGGACGCUCUCUGCCUGGUGCUGACCAUCAUGAAUGGCGGCGACCUCAAGUUCCACAUCUACAACAUGGGCAACCCUGGCUUCGAGGACGGGCGCGUGGUCUUCUACGCAGCGGAGAUCUGCUGUGGGCUCCAGCACCUGCACCAGGAGGGCAUCGUGUACCGGGACCUGAAGCCGGAGAACAUCCUGCUGGAUGAUGAUGGCCACAUCCGGAUCUCCGACCUGGGGCUGGCCAUCAAGAUCCCUGAGGGCGAAAUCCGCGGCCGCGUGGGCACUGUCGGCUACAUGGCCCCGGAGGUGAUCAACAACGAGCGCUACACCUUCAGCCCCGACUGGUGGGGCCUGGGCUGCCUGGUGUACGAGAUGAUUGAGGGGCAGUCACCCUUCCGCGCCCGCAAGGAGCGGGUGAAGCGUGAGGAGGUGGAGAAGCGGGUGCAGGAGGAGCAGGAGCUGUACUCGGACAAGUUCAGUGAGGAUGCCCGGGCCGUCUGCAAGAUGCUCCUGGCCAAGGACCCCAAGCAGCGGCUGGGCUGCGGAGCUGACGGGGCGGCCGAGGUGAAGCGGCAUCCCUUCUUCAGGACCAUCAACUUCAAGCGCCUGGAGGCCGGCAUCAUGACACCCCCCUUUGUGCCAGACCCCCGGGCAGUUUAUUGCAAGGACGUGCUGGACAUCGAGCAGUUCUCAACGGUGAAAGGCGUCAACUUGGACCAAACCGACAACGAUUUCUACACCAAGUUCGCCACCGGCAGCGUCUCCAUCCCCUGGCAGAACGAGAUGAUUGAGACUGAGUGCUUCAAGGACCUCAAUGUGUUUGGACCCAGCGGGACCCGCUCCCCUGACCUGGACUGGACGCAGCUGCCCGAGCCCCCCAAGCGCAGCCUUCUGCAGCGGCUCUUCCGACGCCACCCAGCUGACUACACCAUCGGCACCACCAUCCAACCCCCCCACCCAGCCGCUGUGAACUCGCACACUCCUGCGGCCAACUCUGCCUGCCGAGCCCCGGCACUGUCCUGACCCCUCUCGCCAUCCCGGGGGAGCCGCUGGGGCCGGGAAGCCCCCAGCCCGCCCCCCCCCCCCCCCUCAGGGUUAUCUCGGACCAGCGCUGGGGCCAGGGUCUCCAGGGAUGCUCGUGGAGGCGAGGCAGGAUGCUGGCACAGGCUGGUGAGGGUGGGCAGGGGGUGAUGGAGAGGCAAUGGGGCAGAGUCUGCUUGACCCCGGCCCCCGGCCCCUUUCCCCCAGCCCCACUGCGCAUCCAGCCUCUUCCUGGGGGGUGCCAUGCCCAGCUGCCCCCCUGCCGCUGCCAGGGGAAGGGGCUCGGGCAGGGACCAUUUGAGCCUGUUACCUUACUGCCAGCUCGAUGCACAACCCUUGCGGGCACUGAGGGGCUGCGGGGCUGCCUGCGCUGUCCAGAUAGAAACAAAGGCAGCCUUGGAGGGGGGUGUCACCCCCAGCUCCCCCUGGCUGUGCUGCAGCAGGAGGGACAGGGUCAGCCUGACAGACCCCCCGCCUCGGGGGAAGCACAGCCUGCCCCUCCUGCUCCAUCCUCCACGGUGUGAAAUGGACUCAGAGAAGGGGAUUUUCUUGAGUGUGGCUGGGCUGGGGGGGGGCGUGGGGGGGGCUCCCUCUGUCCACGGGACAGCUCAGGGCAGCCUCGGGGUGCCCAAGCCUUGCCUGUGGGGUUGGGUGAGCAGGGGGCAGUGAGCACGCAUGGGUGCACGAGGGGCAGGCAGCGGGUGUGCAAGGGACAGUGCACGUGGGCGUGCAAUGUGCAGGCACCGUGCAUGGCUGUGCAAGGGACAGCAUACGUGGGCUGGGGGGGUCCCAGGGGUCCCGGUGAAUCCCGGCCUCUGACACCUUUGGUUUACAUUCAAUCGGGUUUUGUACAUUUGUAAACAAUUGUAAAUAUUUGUACGUGGAGCGCCUGGAUGUACAUUUUUAAGCUAAAAGCUGCAAAUACAGCCAUGUGAUUACUUUCCA